UGUACUAUGUGUCGACGAAUCGGACCAUCCCCAAAACCCCUUCACCCAUCAACCUAUGCAUAAACUGCCUGGCAACCCUACUUCAUCUCUCCUUAUCCCAAGAUCUUGGAUUCAUUUGGAAGGGUAGACACAAAGGACGUCGCAGUAGGGUGAACGACGCCGUCUCCUCCUUCCAGAAUGCCGUUCGCGUGCCGGGUCCUGAGCUUGACUUGUCUAUCCUUCCUCCUCUUCACCACCCUCAUAACGGCCGAAUUCACCAACUCCUUCACAAGUCUCAGCUACGGCUCAGCCGUCCGAUUAACCUGGGACACUACCACCGCUCUCGUACCGCCCGAGUCCUACCCAUUGUUCAUAACCGCACAGCUCAUCGACAAUAGCGAGACUGACGAUGGCAGUGGAGACACUAGGACGGUGACGGUAUAUAUGAUAAAUAUCACGACGGAAAUCGAUUCCUCCUCAAAUAACGCAUUCGAAUGGACUGGGAUCCCAUCGCCCCUUCGCUGGUCACCCGAGGGACUUUACCAGGUUGAACUCCACGGGUCUGCGGAUGGGACACCCCUGGCGAAGUCUCCGUUCUUCACACUUGGUCAACCGCCGUAUGCUAGCGGGACGGAGGGGAGCAAGCCUUCGACUUCUCCAGGAGAUGAGGUAUGUUGUCCUGUUCUUCGAUUGGCGCCACAUCGAAGAGAGAAUAGUGCUGACUGAGAUUCAUCCGUGGAGCAGCCAACCCCCUCUAAAAAACCCGGCAAUGAACAUCGCUCGGAGGUUAGUAAACGGCUUGCCUUUGGCCUUGGUUUCGCGAUCGGUACCCCAUUAGUCGUGGGGUUGUCAUUGGUGGGCUGCUGUUUGUUGAAGCGUCGGAGAAGGGUAUUGUAUGAGAAAAGGGAAGAGGAGAGGAGGUUGAGGAGGCGGGACUUUGUCAUCCAUUGAGCGCAUGGAAAAGUCCAAGAUUGAAGUCAUUAAUUAUGACAGCCCUUGCCACUAUAAUGACAGUUUA